UCCAACAGAAUUACAAACCUCCCAGCCAACUGCCAAUAGAUCAACCUCACGAACUCGUAAAACUUCCUGUUGGCCAUGCUGCGAUUCACCAGGCUUCUUCAAACUGUCACUAUCCCAACGUAACACAAAACAAACUACACACAAAUCAAAACUUCCGCAUAGAACAUUCCAUAUUAAAAAGGCCUGUUAUCAAUUCUGUUAUGGAUUAUGGUUAUGCCUGAGGUGCUUACUCACCUUGAUCUGUCUACUCCCAGCAUGUUCAUGUCACUGGUUAUGCGGUAGUCAAAAGAUUAAAGGCUUUAAACGAAGCAGCAGUUUUCUAUUCUAUUUAUAUGUGACAGUUAAAUUGUUAUAUUUAGUCAAUAUAUUUGCCCAGCUGUACUUAAUGAAAGUAUUUUUAGGUGUUAAAUCCUACUUUUUCGGCAUACAAGUUCUACGAGAUUUGAUUAAUGGAAAUGUAUGGAGUGAAACAGGACAUUUUCCACGUGUUACUUAUUGUGAUUUUGAGGCGAAAAAAUUGGGGAAAAAUUACAAAUAUACCCUACAAUGUGUCCUUCCAUUGAAUUUAUUCCUCGAAAAAGUAUACAUCUUCUUAUGGUUUUGGAUUGUAUUCGUCGGAGUGUUGACCUUCUACAGUCUACUCAAAUGGUUAUCACGUCUUACGAUAGCAAACAGUCGUAUCACCUUUGUUAGCAAGUUUUUAUAUUCAUGGAGUGAGACAAAAGCCUUAACAGAAUUGAAUCCUAUCACUUUAAAACUAUUUGUACAUAAUUAUCUAAAUUUAGACGGUGUAUUCCUUCUAUGGUUAAUAUCUAUCAAUGCUGGUGACCUGAUCAUUAGUGAUUUAAUUAUCGCUUUAUGGAAUCUGUUUGAAGCUAGACUCCUGGCUAUCCAAUCAGCAUCCUCACUGAUGUCGACAAAACCACCAACAAUGAGUAGUAUCACAAAAGAUCAGAAGGAUACUGGCAAUUCAUUCUCUCAGCCUGAUCCUAAUAAUGACUGCCCAGUUCAACCAAAGCUAUCAUCAUCAACAUCGCUAAGGCUCAAGCAAACUAUUGAUUAUGAUCAACAGAUGGCUUUGUUGAAACCAUCUUCGGCAUACAUUCCAACCUAUCAUCAUACAUUAUGUCCACAUUCGAAACCAUUUUUAGCUCGACAUGAGUCACUCGAGCCGACAGUUUUUUUCAAUGCGGAUUUGUUAGCCCAUCCAGCGAAAACAAGAUCAUUGCAUACGUGUUAUGGUGGAACACCGUUUGAUGAAACAAGAGAUGUUAAUAAUUAUAACAAUAGUAAUAAUAAUAAUAUGUAUCGCAGAACCGAUUUGUUUGAAAGUUCAGAUAGUAUUGUGUGAAUUGCUUAUGUCAU